AAGGGAAACCUUGUGAAACAAUGAUGUCAAGUUUCUUUGCUAUUGAGAACAGCUUACCGUUCGCAAGGAGCAAUGCUUUUAACAUUAUGAACCAGAUUUUAAAGUUUGCAAAGAGGAUGGUUAGGAAACUACCUUUGAAAUGGCUGCUUGUUCAACAAGAAAUCCAGAAGUUGAAAGUGGAACAUAUCUAUUUACCAACCAAAGAGGUGAUCGCUUUAGUUGAGCGUUGUGGGGUCCAAAUAGAUGCCCAAAUGGUGCUGCUUGAGUAUUUAUACGACCUUGGCGAGAUUCUCUACUUUCCUGAUGACGACGCCUUAAAGGACAUUAUGUUUAAGACAACAAUCAUCAGACGAAAAAUCUUCAAUGCCCCUCAGCUUACCAAGGAAGAUGAACCAUCGCCGAUAGUAUGUACGAAGGUGAUAUUCCUCGAAACAGAACUAAAGAUAUUUUGUCAGAGCGGUGCAAGGGGCGUGGAAUUAACAAGGUACAUUGCUUGCGAUUGUAGGAAUGCUCAUUUGCAUAUUGCCAUGUGGAAGCAAUGGAAUGGAAAUGACGCGCUACCGCCGACUAUUUGAAGAUGACGUGCAACAGCAAGGUAAAUUGUGCAAUUGUAU